AACAACUUCCUGGUGUGGCACAGGACUUUUCGAGUGGGCAAACCUGACGUUUCUGCCAUGGGCAAACGCGGGAGCCGGAGCCAGAGCCAGCUGCUCAACACCCUAACUAAAAAGCAGAAGAAACAUCUUCGGGAUUUCGGCGAGGAGCAUCCCUUCUAUGACAGGGUUUCAAGAAAGGAAACAAAACCACAGAUCUGUCAACUGUCAGAGAGUUCGGAUACUUCAGAUUCUGAAAGUGAAGCAGACAGUGAACCAGAACAAGUUUCUGGGUACUGUAAACUACUUGCUACAUUAAAAGAUAUUUCUGAGGAAGAAGAGGAUGAUGAGGAGGAAGAGGAAGAAAUUAUAGAUGAAGAGCCAGAAAUGAGUGGUGAAGAUGGCGAUGGUGACGUCGGGGUGGAAGAAGAGAUGGCAGCAGAGUCUGCUGACAUGCAGGAAACUUCUGCUUCCUGGUUCCUUGGCCUCGGCUUCUCAGGCUUCACAGCUGGCAUCUGCCCUGCUGGGGCAAGUGUUCCAAAGCUCUUUAGCUCUACUGAUAAGUACCUGGAGGCACCUCACUUCACCAGUAAACUUCAUCCAGAAGAUAUGGCCCUAUAUACUGACUGCCAAGAAAAAGGUAGGGAAGGGCCACCCGGGAAGUCACAACAAGCAUCCCCUGAAGAGUUCACAGAUGCAAAACACGAAUCACUGUUCAGCCUGGAAACCAAUUUUCUCCAAGAGGAGAGUGGAGGCAGCUGUUCUUUGAAAGUGUCACAAGAUCCAUUUCUACAACAUGUGAACAAAGAACUGAAAGACAAAGACGUUCAGGCUGUUGGAACAAAUCCCAAAACUACCCACCAACUGAAAUGGCCCACCCUGGGCCAGCUUGUUUUUUCUUCCAAGUUUCAGAAGUUGGAAACAUUUAAGCCAUCAAAGGACAUUGACUUAAAAUCACUUCAUCUCCAGAAGCCUCUGGAAUCCACCUGGACCAAGACCAACAGCCAAUUCCUAUCUGGCCCCCAAAAAUCAAGUAGCCCCUUCACCCCACUUCAGAAAGAGCUCUUCUUAAUUAUGAAUUCUUACCGGGACCUGUUCUACUCAGAAAGGACUGCCCUGAAGAACGGUGAAGAGAUCCGCCAUGUGUAUUGCCUACAUGCUCUCAAUCACGUCCUCAAAGCCAAUGCCCGGGUACUUGGCAACAAUAGCAGACGCCGAAGCCAGAAACUUGGGGUGGGUGAUGAUGAUGACUUCAGGGACCAAGGGCUUACAAGGCCCAAGGUGCUGAUAGUGUUGCCUUUCCGGGAGGCUGCCUUACGGGUGGUACAGCUCUUCAUCAGUCUCCUAGAGGGCGACAGCAAGAAGAAAAUAAUUGUGAGCAACAAAAAGAGGUUUAAAGGAGAGUAUGGAUCAGAUCCCGAGGAGAGACCACCCAACCUGAAGAGGCCUGAGGAUUAUGAAGCUGUAUUUGUCGGCAACAUCGAUGACCACUUCAGGAUAGGAGUUGCAAUACUUCAGAGAAGCAUCCGGCUCUACGCCCCCUUCUAUUCCUCAGACAUCCUCAUUGCCUCCCCUCUGGGCUUGAGGACUAUCAUUGGUGGAGAAGGAGAGAAGAAGAGAGAUUUUGACUUUUUGUCUUCUAUUGAGCUUCUCAUCAUUGAUCAAGCUGACAUUUACCUGAUGCAGAACUGGGAGCAUGUCCUGCACUUGAUGAGUCACAUGAACCUACUGCCCUUGGACUCACAUGGGGUGGACUUUUCUCGAGUGCGGAUGUGGAGCCUCAACAAUUGGUCCAAGUACUAUCGCCAGACAUUGCUGUUUGGGGCGCUGCAGGAUGCCCAGAUCAACUCAUUGUUCAACAAGCACUGCAUCAAUUUGCAAGGCCAGGUGGCUGUGAGGAAUGUCCCAAUGACAGGCUCCAUCAGCCAUGUCCUGGUGCAGCUCCCACAUGUCUUCCAGAGGAUGGAAGCAGAAAAUGUAGCUUCAGUGAUUGAUGCCAGGUUUAACUUUUUUGUGAACAAGAUUUUGCCUCAGUAUCGUGACGCAGUCAUGUCUCACACGCUCAUCUAUGUACCCUCCUACUUUGACUUUGUGCGUCUUCGAAAUUACUUCAAGAAGGAAGAACUGAACUUCACCCACAUCUGCGAGUACACUAAGAAAUCUGGUGUCUCCAGGGCCAGACAAUUCUUCCUUCAAGGAGAGAAGCAAUUUCUGCUCCUCACAGAGCGUUUCCAUUUCUACAAAAGGUAUACAAUAAAAGGCAUUAGGAACCUGAUUUUCUAUGAACUGCCAACAUAUCCCCACUUCUACAGUGAGAUCUGUAACAUGCUGAAAGCCACCAACAGAGGAGAGGAAGCCACGUGGACCUGCACUGUUCUCUACUCCAAGUACGAUGCCCAGAGACUAGCUGCCGUGGUUGGCGUGGAGCGGGCAGCACAGAUGCUGCAGUCCAAGAAGAACGUCCACCUCUUUAUUACUGGAGAAAAAUGAGACUUUAUUGGACUGGAAAUAGCAUUUUGCAUGAUACAUAAUGCUUGAUUCUGUGCCAUUUGGACCCAGUUCUGAUUACUAAUACAAGAGAGGGAUUGAUACAAGAAAAGGGCAUCAGGCAAUGUCAGUGUUACCUGAUAACUUACUUCUUUUCAGGUCAUGUGUUCCUGAAAAGUUAAAUGUAAACCAAAUUUUGGUAAAUCACAUCUUUCAAGGUCAAGAAAGGGCUAGAAGGACUCUUAGAAACUUCUAUUUGUGAGCUAUAAGUUUUUUGUUAUGUUUUGACCUCUCUGUUUGACACUUCCUUAAAAUACGGCGUACACAACAUUGCUAUGAGAACUGGUUAUGAGACAUUGGAAUACUUCUUGCUGCUAAACGUCGCCUUAAUUUUGGAUUGCAGCAGGUUUUGCAAAUCUUUUCCCCCCGGCCAAGCUUUUUUUUAAAAAAAACCUUAAAUAUUUUAAUACCCAUUGCCACCGAGUCUAUUCUGAUUCAUAACGACCCUAUAGGACAGAGUUGAACUGCCCCAUAGGGUUUCCAAGGAGCGGCUGGUGGAUUUGAACUGCUGACCUUUUGGUUAGCCAGCAUGCUUUUAACCAGAACAAGGCUCCAUUUAUUUUAAUACAACCUUUGAAAAAUACAUUCACUCACUGAUUAAUAGUUAUUCUAGUAAAGUGAUAUUAAUAGUACAUGUUUUAAUGUAGUUUAUAAUACACACUUACAAUCACCUUACAUAAAAUAACAUUAAUUUCUCCCCUAACAUUUCAAGAAAUAAUUUUGUUCAGACUCUUUACAUCCAUCUUCAACAGUGUUUUCAUCAUUACUGCAGCCAUUUUUUGAGUCAUAUAACUGAUAAAAGUGACGAGGAAGUUAUUUUAAAUGUAACACUUUAAAAAACAUUUUUAUUUUGAAACAUUGUCAAACAUAUGGAAAAAUUACAAAUAUAGAACAAAGACCCUUCUUCCUGAACCAUUAGAGAGUAAAUUGCCAACCUGAUGGGCCUAUCACCCUCAAGUACUUUAGCAUGUAUUUUCAAAAACAGGAAUAUUCUCCUACGUAACCACAAUUAGACCAUCAAAAUCAGGAAAUUGCCAUUGUCACCUUACUACCGUGUAGUCUUUGGACUCCAUCCCAGUUCUGCCAAAUGUCCUCAUGGAACAAAAGGAAGCAGUUCAGAAUUACAUAUUGCUUCAGUUGUCAAGUCUCUUCGUCUGCUUAUUGUGGAAUAGCACCUCAGUUUUUCAUUGGCUGUUAUGACCUGGACACUUUGAAGAUUAAAGUCCAGUUAUUUUGUAAGAGGAUGUUUCCUUGUGAUUAGAUUCAGAUUAUGCAUCUUGGCAGGAACAUCACAGAAGUGAUGCUGUGUCCUUCUCAGUGCAUCUCAUCAGGUGGCACAGGUUUUAAGUUUGUCCCAUUGUGAUGAUGCUAGUUUUGAUCACUUAAGGGGGUGUUACCAGGCUUCUCCACUGUAAAGUUACUCUUUGUCCCUUUUUUAUUAAUUUAUAUCAGUAUGGAUUCAUAGUAUCCCUUUUAAUUUAAUGGGUUGAAGUCCCUGACUAUCAGAGAACGUACAAAGUAGGAAAAAAAUUUUGGCUACAACGUAUCUGACAAGGGUCUAUAAAAUUUAUAGAAAACAUCAACACCUCAACAAAAAAAAGACAAUCCAAUUAAAAAAUGGGCAAAGGAUAUGAACAGAC